AUGCCGUCGCCAUCACCGAAAAAAACUUUGGACUGCCUGCUGGGCAUGCAGCUGGAAGCCCUGCGGGAGAGUGUUCUACAGCAACACAACAAGGAGGUCGGUGAAUUGAGGAAGACAAUCGUGGAACUGCGCCGACAGCUGUACUUUAAUGACGCCGAUGCAGUGUCGGUCUCUCAUGAGGCGAUUGCCGAUGGGAACGCUGUCGGGCGUUGGGCGGAUUUUGCAGCUAAGCUUCUCGACAAGGAAGAGGAAUCAACCGAAGUCGAGCCCGACCCAGAGAAGCCAAACCAGAUGGAAACCCUGAACAUGCGGCCGGUCUGGUUCUCCAGUACCUGGCAGGAGGCCGCGAAGAACCGACGAAUGCGUGGAUAUCGAGUUUCCGAUCGGCAUUCACUGCCUCAGAUACGGAUGAGCGACGAUUUCACAGACAGUACUUGCUGGCAGCGCUUCGUUUUGAGACCCCGCAGCAAGCCACAGCUCACGUGGUCCAUGCUGGGCACACUGCUCAUCCUCUUUGAUCUGAUCACGAUCCCACUGGAGCUCUUCAACAUCCCAGGCUCCAUCGACUUCUUCUCCACGACGUCCAGGAUCACUCUGGCCUUCUGGAUCGUGGACAUGCCGCUGAACCUUUGUUUCGGGGUCGAAAGAGGCGGACGCGUGGAACUCCGACCCACAGAGCUCUUCAAGAUGUACUUACGCUCUUGGUUCGUGUUGGACGUGCUUGUCAUCUCCCUGGAUGUGGUGUUGAUGGUCGUCGAGAUAGUUUCGACUACGUCGACCGAUGACCAGAGCAACACGGGCCUCAGAUCCGCUCGCUUCCUUCGCACCAUGCGGCUUCUUCGGCUCCUGCGGCUUCUGCGGGCUGUCAAGCUGCAGCAGGAGCUGACACUUCUGGCGAACCGGUUUCUGUCUGCCCAUGUUUUUAUGGUGGCAAAGGUGGUGUUCGGCUUGCUUAUGAUGCUCGCAAUCAAUCACAUCAUCGCCUGCCUUUGGUAUGGAAUUGGAUAUUGGACGGCUCUGGAUGGCAGGAGUUGGUUGGAGCAGGCAGAGCUGCUGGGCGAUGAGGUGGGCUUUGCCGACAGGUACGCGGUUUCAAUUCAUUGGACGCUGACCCAGUUUACGCCAGCGACGAACAAUGUGGCUCCAUACAAUGCCCUCGAAAGGUUUUUCGCCGUGUGGGUAAUCCUGCUGGCAAUGGGCGUGUUCUCAUCAUUUAUCAGUUCUAUCACUGCCACUGUGAGCAAACUGCAGAAUUCGCGUGUGGAGCAGUUCCAGCAACGAGCGAAGCUGCUUCGAUUCUUUGUGGAGCGAAACCUCUCAGCGGACCUUUAUGGAAAGAUUGAAGACGUGUUGCGACAAGAAGGACUAUUUGAGGUCCGGAUCAAGGAGCACGACGUCAAACUGGUAGAGGGCAUUCCGGAGCGCCUCAAGAUGCAGCUGCAUGAGGAGAUGUUCAUGUCUCUUCUGAGCCUCCUUCCCUUCUGGCCCAAGUGGGUUGGUGAGAGGGACAGCUUAUUGCAUCGGCUCAUCUGCCAUCAGGCGAUGCGAGAGGGCACGGCGGUCCCAGGCCAGGAUGCCUUUAUCGCAGGUGCGAAUGCGGAGGAGGUCUACAUCAUUGAGUCUGGCAGCUUGAACUACGUGUACUUGAACAACCAAUGGCAUGAGGAUACUGUAUCUGCCGAGGACAUCGUGUCCCUGCCAUGCAUUUUUGCGGAAUGGAAGCAUCGUGGGCGGCUUUACGCUCGUCAUAGUGCAUGCUACUGGGUUGGUCUCAAUGCAGUUCAAUUUUGCAAUCUGAUCGCUGACUCUGGUGGUGCCGUGUGGCAGCAUUUACACAUUUUCGGAAUUCUCCUCGUUGGAGCCAUUGAAGAUCGUUCGUGGAUGAUCAACGACAUUAACUGGAGUAUGGUUGGCGUGGAUGCACUGUGCACACGCACUGUGAAGUUUGCUGACAUUCUCAACGAGAAUCAUGCAACAACAUCAGCAAGCUUGGCUUUGCUGAAGUCUUACUCUUCAGAGUAG